UUUCCUCAUUGGUCAUGGUGUGCGGCAGCGUCUCUGGAGCCGAGGACCCGGAAGUAGUUCCAGAAGUAGCCGGUCGCGUGGUGUUAUCUCUUUGGGGAUUGCUUGCCAGGGCCGCUGCAAUGACCAAAAUAAAGGCAGAACCGGAUGGGCAGGAGGCUCCGGCGGAGGUGUGUUGCGGGGAGCGCACUUACCAAGAGCUGCUGGUGAAUCUUAACCCCAUCGCGCAACCCUUGGCUUCUCGCCGCCUCACGCGGAAGCUCUACAAAUGCAUCAAGAAAGCCGUGAAGCAGAAGCAGAUUCGGCGCGGGGUGAAGGAGGUUCAGAAGUUUGUCAACAAAGGCGAGAAAGGGAUCGUGGUUUUGGCAGGAGACACAUUGCCCAUUGAAGUAUACUGCCAUCUCCCAGUCAUGUGUGAAGACCGAAAUCUGCCCUAUAUCUACAUCCCCUCCAAGACGGACCUGGGUGCAGCUGCGGGCUCCAAGCGCCCCACCUGUGUGAUAAUGGUCAAGCCUCACGAGGAAUACCAGGAGGCCUAUGAUGAGUGCCUUGAGGAGGUACAGGCCUUGCCCUCACCCUUGUGAGGGACUUAGGUAGCACCCUGGGCACCUGUUCCGGAAGCUGCUGGGUUGGUGGCAGGCUGACUGGCUGCCCUUCUGUUGCCCACACUGGCAGCAUCUCCCUGGCUCCCCAAGGCACGUCGUCUUCCCAGGCAGCUCCAGCAGGUCUUUGAUGAAGGUAACACCAGCAUCUUCUCCAUCAGUGCUGUUUCUUAUUGAGCUUAAGUGAAGACAGUUCCAAGAAUGUGGAGUGAGGAAGUAAAUACUAAGUCUAAA